CCGCUGUCAGUGCAGGUUCCAGUGGGCUGGCAACGUAGAGUGGACCAAAAUGGCGUUGUUUAUAUUAGCCCAAGUGGAUCCCAUCUGUCAUGUUUGGACCAGGUCAAAGCAUAUCUUCUCACAGAUGGAACCUGCAAGUGUGGCCUAGAGUGCCCUCUUAUUCUGCCGAAGGUGUUUAAUUUUGACCCUGGAGCUGCUGUGAAACAAAGAACCGCAGAGGAUGUUAAGGCAGAUGAGGAUGUGACCAAGCUUUGCAUCCACAAACGUAAGAUAAUUGCUGUGGCCACAUUGCACAAGAGCAUGGAGACGCCGCACCCCUCGCUGGUGUUGACAAGUCCUGGGGGCGGGACAAAUUCUGCUCCUGUGGUCUCUACACGGGCAUCGACUCCACGUUCCAUGAGGAAUAAGUCACAUGAUGGAACUGUUAAUUCUGUUCUGCCAGAAUGUAAAAACCCAUUCAAGCUGAUGGUGAAAGAACAUAUGGGAACUCAGCAGCAUGACCUCCAUUCUGCAUAUUCACGGCAGAGAUUAGGAAGCAGCGAACACGGACACAAAUCACCAUAUCGU